AUGGUUCAACUUGGAACCCAUUUGAUGAGGGGUUCGACUGCGAGCUUUGUCCGCAUUGCCAGACAUCACGCUUUUCGUCGCCUGGUAUGGCGCUCCCAAGUUCGGUGGCAGUCUGCCGUCGCCGCAGGCAACCCGGCACCUAAGGCUACGGAGGAAGAAGAACGGAGUCUGGCGAUCUCAUCUCAAUCACGUUUCAACGAUAUCGGCGUCCAGCACCUCAGCGAGCACGUAUUUCAGCAGAUUUUUCCCGAUGGAAAUGCGCCGCCACCUAAAGAACUAGUGGAUCUUUCCAAAGACCAUUUGCGACGACACGAUCUUCUUGGUAAAAACACCGAUAAUAGCGACCCCAUUGCCUUCGAUAUCCCCGAACUACAAGGCCGAACGUUGGAUGAGCACUUCCACAAGCUUGCUGUUGACUGCGCCGAACCUUACCUUUCCUACGCCAAACAGUUUGCGCGGUCGGCUCCGCCACCAAAACCGAGGAAAUGGGUUCGCAGAAGCGGAUGGACAAAAUACCAUCCCGACGGCAAAACGGAAGCAGUGGAAGCCCCGGACGAGUCGAUGCUUUGUUUUGAUACCGAGGUCAUGUGGAAGGAGAGCUCAUUUGCAGUCAUGGCUUGUGCAUCAAGUCCGACAGCAUGGUAUGCGUGGCUGUCGCCCUGGCUCCUGGGCGAAUCCGAGUCCGAUCGGCAUCUGAUUCCGCUCGGCGACCCGAUGAAAGAGCGCGUGAUUGUAGGACAUAACAUUGGAUACGACCGAGCAAGGAUACUGGAGGAAUACGACAUCAAGCAGACACGGAACCAGUUCUUGGAUACGAUGUCGCUUCACGUCGCCGUCAACGGCAUGUGUUCGCAGCAGAGGCCGACAUGGAUGAAGCACAAGAAGAACCGGGAAAUGCGAGAGAAACUUACCAGCCAAACCGACGAUGUACAGUUAGCGGAGCUGCUGAGCCACAGUGCCCGGCAGGAAGAGGCGGAACUAUGGGUUGAGCGGAGUUCAGUGAACUCGUUGAGGGAUGUUGCCAAGUUCCAUCUCGACGUCACCAUCGACAAGGCGAUUCGUGAUGAUCUGGGCACCCAUGAUCGCGAGGAGAUUUUGCAAAAGCUGGACAACCUGCUGGACUACUGCGCUGCCGAUGUUGCCAUCACUCACAGGGUUUAUCAGAUUGUGUUCCCCAACUUUCUGGAUACUUGCCCUCAUCCCGUCAGUUUUGCGGCUUUACGGCAUCUGGCAUCCGUCAUUCUGCCCGUCAACAAGUCCUGGGAUGCGUACAUCGCCAAUGCCGAAGCCACAUAUCGCGAACUCUCCGACGCAGUGCAGGAGCGUCUGAUUGGGCUCACCGAGAAGGCUCUUGAAAUGAAAGAUGACCAGGAGAAGUGGAGCAAUGAUCCAUGGAUGAAGCAGCUGGACUGGUCGGGUCAGGAGAUCAAAAUGGUCAAAGGAAAGAAGAAAAACGAUCCUCCCAGACCUGCUGCGAGGCAGAAAAAGCCUGGUAUGCCUCAGUGGUACAAAGACUUAUUUCCGAAAAACGAUGCUCCGAUCAACCUGACGGUGCGAACCCGUAUUGCGCCUCUGCUACUGAAGAUGUCAUGGGACAACCACCCAUUAGUUUGGUCGGAAAAGUACGGCUGGACUUUCAGGGUGACGAGAAAUGAAGCACUCAAUUAUGAGAAGAAGCAGAUGGUAAAGUGCGACUUUUCUGACUCAGAAAAAGACGCGGAUUUGCGAAGAGACGGGGGAGUUUUCUUCAAGUUACCUCACAAAGACGGUCCCCUGGCCAGAUGCACCAAUCCCAUGGCCAAGGGAUACCUAUCGUACUUUGAGAGCGGUACUUUAUCAUCUCAAUACACUUACGCGAAGCAAGCUUUGGAGAUGAAUGCGUCUUGCUCGUACUGGAUCAGCGCUCGCGAUCGUAUUACGUCGCAAAUGGUUGUUUACGAAGACGAUAUUCCUGAGGUUUCCUCCAACGGAGUGAAGUCUAAAGGGCCUGUCAGCAAGUCUCCCGAGGACGUUCAGGGCUUCAUCCUGCCUCAAGUAAUUCCGAUGGGGACCAUUACGCGAAGAGCUGUGGAGAACACAUGGCUCACAGCGAGCAACGCAAAGAAGAACAGAGUGGGUUCGGAGCUGAAGGCAAUGGUCAAGGCACCACCGGGAUACAGCUUCGUUGGCGCUGAUGUUGAUUCCGAGGAGCUGUGGAUUGCCAGCCUGGUCGGAGACGCAACGUUUAAGCUCCACGGUGGCAAUGCCAUCGGAUUCAUGACCCUCGAGGGCACCAAAGCGGCCGGCACAGAUCUCCACUCUCGGACGGCAAGCAUUCUGGGCAUCACGAGAAAUGACGCCAAGGUUUUCAACUACGGCCGUAUCUACGGUGCUGGACUGAAGUUUGCCGGCCAGUUGCUCAGACAAUUCAACCCCAAUCUGACCGACAAAGAGACGAACGAGACUGCGGCCAAGUUGUAUGUCAGGACGAAGGGAACGAAAACAACCAGAUCAGUCUUGAGCAAGAGGCCAUUCUGGCGUGGAGGAACGGAGUCCUUUGUGUUCAACAAGCUCGAAGAGUUCGCCGCGCAGGAGCGGCCGCGGACUUUUGUCCUCGGUGCAGGGAUUACUGAGGCCCUGAUGCGUCGCUUCAUCAACCAGAACGGCUACUUGACCUCACGUAUUAACUGGGCCAUUCAGUCUUCUGGCGUAGACUAUCUGCACCUCCUCAUCGUCAGCAUGGACUACCUCACCCGCCGCUUCAACAUUGAAGCCCGCCUAGCCAUCACUGUCCAUGACGAGAUCAGAUACCUCGUCAAGGACCACGAUAAAUACCGCGCCGCCAUGGCUUUGCAGGUGGCAAACCUUUGGACGAGAGCCAUGUUUGCCCAGCAGGUCGGCAUCAACGACCUUCCGCAAGCAUGUGCUUACUUCUCCGCCAUCGACAUUGACCACGUUCUCCGCAAGGAAGUGGACAUGGACUGCGUAACGCCUUCCCACAAGGAGGCCAUUCCACCUGGCGAAAGUCUCGAUAUCGCCGCCCUCCUCGCCAAGGGUGCCCAUGCCCGGCUGGACCCUGCGAUCGUGCCCGACCCAUCCCAUGCGCCGAAGCUUGAGGACAUCGCGUACACGCCCCGCACGCCCGUUAUGGAUACGCUUGAGGACUCGACAUCCAGCGAUCCAUACUUCCUUAAGGCGCAGAUUGUCAACACUGAGCAGGAGCUGAGCGACGUGCUCAAGGAGAGGAAGUUGGCCGUCAAGGCACCGGUGGAGAAGAAGCCGCGCGUGACAAAGAAGAAGGAGCGCAGCGUCUUGCCGUAUCAGUCGGAUGCCCAGCUCAUGCCGGUCGAGACGAUGACGGUUUCGGACGCCCUUGGCAACAAGUUCACGAGGUUCGAGGGGAAGAACCGGUGGACCAACUGGCAGAAGGACAAGGGCCGCUGGUCCGGACCUAGCUCCAGGAUCUAG